AUGAUACGAGAUAUAGUUGCACGCUGGCCUGGUUCGUCACACGAUUCAACUAUAUUUUUCAAUUCUUCCAUAGAAGCAAACGAAUUUGGAAAUGGUCUGAUUGUUGGUGAUGGUGGAUAUGCAGUAAAAAAUUAUUUAUUGACACCUCUAUUAAAUCCACUCACAAGAGCAGAAAAUUUAUACCAAGAGUCCCAAAUUCGAACUAGAAAUAUUGUUGAACGAUCCUAUGGAGUUUGGAAAAGGAGAUUUCCGAUAUUAUCAUUAGGGAUUCGUUUGGAUUUAAGCAAAGUAGAAGCAAUUAUUGUAGCAACUGCUGUAUUACAUAAUAUUGCUAAUCUACAAAAAGAAAAAAUACCAGUUACUACAAAUGAAAUUCAAGAACAAAUCAAUUUAGUAAAUUCUGUCAACAAUAAUGUGACUAACGAUAAUAUUAGAAAUAAUGCAAAUGAUAGAACAAGAAAGAAUUUGAUUAAUAGACACUUUGGUGAAAUGUGUUAA